CUAUUUUCGAUUUUCUUUUAUUGUUUUCCUAGUCGUUCUUCACCUGCAAGCAAGUUCUAGGUCUAAAUCUAUCCACCUACUGUUGCCCAACCCUGAAUCUAUACAUCUACACACGCAGCCGCCCAUCAGCCCACACUUUUCCUCUUUUCUCACUUCACCACAAUCAAAAUGGCAACGGUAGAGAAACAAGAACAAAAAGACACUCCUGUUAAAGACGAGAUGCAGGACUCCGAGUUCGAGCAAAAACCCUCGGCCCGCGCCCCUCCCCAGGAUGAAGACGAUGACUAUUCGGACGACUACUCUGAUGACCACGACGACGAUGACUACGAAUACUCAGACGAGGGGGACGAUUACUAUGACGACGAAGACGAAGAGGACGAAGACCAAGGCAAGGCAGUACAAGCCUACCAGCCCAACGGCCAGUCAAUAAGCAGUCGGGACCAAGGAGGCCAGAACGUUAGGCAGAAGAUCAACAACGGGAACAUAUCGCGGGCCCCGGAUAGCAAGAAGACGAUCGACGACCAAGACGGGCUGAAGCUAAAGCUAGAUGUGAAUCUAGAUAUUGAAGUUGAGUUGAAGGCGAGAAUCCAUGGUGACUUGACACUGGCGUUGCUUGCUUGAGGAUUCAGAGACUCGAAAUAACGCGCCGUCUCUGAUAUUCCCGCCGUUCCUAUUCUGCCUAACGAGUUAUGAGAUUUGCCCUGAGGCCGCAUUGAACGAGAUGAAAGAAAUUUUGUAACCUGCGCUGGAGGUGUUUUUAUCAUUGAUUUAUGGUAUUGGGUUCGGGACCUGGCAUUAUGGAUUCUCCUCCUUGUAAUGUGUUCUAGAAGCGUGGAUCGAAUUCAAUCUCUGCUAGAUUCAAUUUGGAUCGAGU